AGUAAGGUCGGGCCAUGGUGGGACAGAGGUUGGGAAGAUGGCGUGGCGAGGCUGGGCACAUAGAGGCUGGGGCUGCUGCCAGGCGUGGGCUCCGCCGAGGGGUGGCCGCAGCUGCAAUGAGCUCAUUACCGCCCUGGCCCCGCCGCGGCUGCUCGGACGCAGGUUUAACUUCUUUAUUCAGCAAAAAUGUGGAUUCAGAAAAGCUCCCAGGAAGGUUGAACCUCGAAGAUCUGACACAGGAUCAAGUGGUGAAGCAUACAAGAGAAGUGCUUUGAUCCCUCCAGUAGAAGAAACAGUCUUUUAUCCUUCUCCCUAUCCUAUAAGGACUCUCAUAAAACCUUUUUUUUUCACUGUUGGGUUUACAGGCUGUGCAUUUGGAUCAGCUGCUAUUUGGCAAUAUGAAUCACUGAAGUCCAGAGUCCAGAGUUAUUUCGAUGGUAUAAAAGCUGAUUGGUUGGAUAGCAUAAGACCACAAAAAGAAGGAGACCUCAGAAAGGAGAUUAACAAGUGGUGGAAUAACCUAAGUGAUGGCCAACGGACUGUGACAGGUAUUAUAGCUGCAAAUGUCCUUGUAUUCUGUUUGUGGAGAGUACCUUCUCUGCAGCGGACAAUGAUGAGAUACUUCACAUCCAAUCCGGCCUCAAAGGUCCUUUGUUCUCCAAUGUUGUUGUCAACAUUCAGUCAUUUCUCCUUAUUUCACAUGGCAGCAAAUAUGUAUGUUUUGUGGAGCUUUUCUUCCAGCAUAGUGAAUAUUCUGGGUCAAGAGCAGUUCAUGGCAGUGUACCUAUCUGCAGGUGUUAUUUCCAACUUUGUCAGUUAUAUGUGUAAAGUUGCCACAGGAAGAUAUGGACCUUCACUUGGUGCAUCAGGUGCGAUCAUGAGUGUGUUGGCAGCUGUCUGCACUAAGAUCCCAGAGGGGAGGCUCGCCAUCAUCUUCCUCCCAAUGUUCACAUUCACAGCAGGGAAUGCCCUAAAAGCCAUUAUUGCCAUGGAUACAGCUGGAAUGAUCCUGGGAUGGAAAUUUUUUGAUCAUGCAGCACAUCUUGGGGGAGCUCUCUUUGGCAUAUGGUAUAUUACUUAUGGUCAUGAACUCAUUUGGAAGAACAGGGAGCCUCUAGUGAAAAUGUGGCAUGAAAUGAGGACUGAUGGCCCCAAAAAAGGAGGUGGCUCUAAAUAAAACUGGGGUUGGACAUUACUGGUGCAUCUGAUCCGUGCUGCCUGGAAGCUCCAAGAGCGCAUUGGCCCUGGAGGGACCACAGCUGUGCUCCUGCCUGGAAGACACCCAGCAGCUAGCCUCCCCAGCAUUUUAAACUCUGUCCCCCAGUACUUGUCUCCUUAGAAAGUGAAUUAUGACAAGUUGUGAAAUAAAGAUUUAUAUCUCUAGUUUGUAAA